CAAGAUGGCGCCGCUGCCCGUAUCCACGGAAGACGAAAAGUAAGUGGAAACUAGCGCCAGUUUGGCCAAAGCAGGGAAGUGGCGACCCGUUGUCCUUAUUUAUAAAGUCCAUGCUUUGUAGCUGGCAGUCGACGUGGCUAGAUAAUCCUGUCAUAUAUUUGCCACCCCCAAAUGUUUCCAGGUGAAACGAGCAGAACGUCACACAACGACGCCGUCUGGACACAAGCCUGAAUGGCGAACGUGCAGUGUCCCAUAAUAUCCACAUGGAGCACUCAUGUAUGAUUAAAAACACCAUCUACCGUCAAUGGUUGCCACCUUGGAAGGGCCGCCCACAAAAUUUCAGGCAGGAGGUAACAGCUCGAGGAAACGGCCGCUAUUAUGGGUGGAACAGUGAACGCAGCACCAUACUGUUGUUAAGGUCACUGGCAGGCCUCAAAAUGUUCACUGAGCUGGAAGAGCUGGUCGUCGACAACAAUCUGCUCGGAAAUGACCUCCGGUUGCCCAGGUUACCCAACCUCCACACCCUGACACUCAAUAAGAACCAACUGACUGAUAUCGAGGCCCUGCUGGAACACUUGGCUGAUGUGACCCCGUCGCUCGAGUACCUAAGCCUGCUGGGAAAUGAGGCCUGCCCCAACCAGCUGGUCAGCCCGGAUAAGGACGAGGACGACUACCAGAGAUACAGGUACUUUGUUCUGUACAAGCUGCCAUUGUUGAAGUUCCUGGACACCAGGAAGGUGACCAGAAAAGAGGUGAUGGAGGCGCAGGCGAGAGGAGCCUUCAUGAAAGUGGUCAAGCCCAAGUCGGAAGCUCCACAUAAUGAGACCGGCUCAGAGGGUCAAGCGCUGCCGUAUACACCUCUACCUCGAGGAUCCAGGGACGCCAGGAACCACAAAGGGGUGUUCGCCAAGUGUCGCUACAUCUACUAUGGCAAGCACUCAGAAGGCAACAGAUUCAUCCGGAACGAUCAGCUCUGAUGGACGGCUCCUCCAGAGCAGACUGGGACGCUGAAUGACAGCGGGCGCCGGCUGAAGGAGAGAUGAUCAAAUCAAUCACUUAUUUAUUAAAACCACCGGUGAUAUUUGAUUCCCUUGAUCUCCCACUGAAAAAAAAAAAAAAAAGAAUGAUAAAACUUUAUGAUAAGUUACGAAGAAGAAGAAUGGUGUCUUUCUGCGAUUUUUUUUUCUUUGUUUGUUUUGUUUUUAAAGAUCAUAUUCCAGCCCUACAGUAACAGCCUCUUCCACUGAGCUGAGUCUGCCUCUGCCUCCCUGCUUGCAGCUCAGAGUCAGAAAUGACACUCCCACUGACAUGAUUGCCUCUAAGCAUCAGCAACCGCAUAACUCCAGACACACAACACAACACAACACACACACGCAAGGACAGUUUCUCUCUCUCUCUCUCUCUCUCUCUCUCUCUCUCUCUCUCUCUCUCUCACAUCCUCUCACACAGCCAGUGUCAAACACACCCAGCCAAUUGCAUCCUUUUCUUUGACAGCAAUGAUGGAUCACUUGUCCACUACUGCCACUAAUCAAGGGUGAAAGGGGUGACGGUCACACACCUGCGGCCUGACACAGACUCAUCUCUUUCAUUCUGUCUGUCUGUCCGUCCCUCACACACACACACACGCUCACACACAACGCUCACACACAUAGCUGCUGUUUAAGCAUUAAGACAUUGCUAGGGGUUUGACAACAGGGCUUAUACAUCUCCAGGAUCUUCAGUCGACACCUGGGGCAUGAUCAGCUUGGGGUCUAGUUUGGGGCCGAACGCUUGUGGCGCUUGUAUGAUUUUUAAUUGAAAGAGUUUUUUUUUUUUUUAAAUCUUGUUUACCUUGUCUUUAUACCCUGUUCUUAAAAGUCAGACAUGCCUGAUUUCCGACUCUCGUGUUUUUAUGCAAGUGCAGACAUGUCGGUACAUUUUUUUUAUUAACCAAAAAAAAAAAAAAGAUGCAACAAAUGCAAUGUUAAAACAUUCCAGUACCAGCUUUAACAAAGAACAGAGUUGUAACCAAGUAUGCGUUCCACAUAUAUUAUUAUGUAUUGUGGUGCCAUUUGCUUAUGCUGCUGUGCCUUUCUCUCUGCACGUCUUCGACCACUUCUUCAUUCCGAAAUGUCUCCAAUGUGACAUUCACUGUAACGUUGAUGCGUGAUGAAUGCUUGCGUUUUAUAAUGUUUUUAUUUUUGUUGUUGUUUUUUAAUCUGCAUGCUUCAUGAUGAUUUUUUCAUACAACAGCACAUAAAAACUUUCGAGGCGACCCUCUAAUUAGAUAUGAUGUGAUAAAAAAAAAAAGUCUGAUGUAAAACUGUGUUAUUAGCUGGAUGUUAAUAAAAAAGGAGACCCUUCUCAAAUCCAUACA